AAGAGUGGCUUACAAAAAAUGGUCCUGUUAUAUUUAUUGACAGUGAUAUAAGUGACGCACACACGACCAAGUUACAAGCAAAGAGAAAGAAUUAUUUAUAACAGUAGUAGAAGAAAGCUUGAAGCCAACAUUGAAAGUCCAGUGAAGUGUAAUGGGAAGGAAGGAGCAGUAUCUUUAGAAUUUCCAGUCUGUUAUCAAACACUUCCAGAAGAAUGGGAGAAUACAAUAAAGCAAAGAUAAACUGGUAAAACUUCAGGAAAAUAUAUUGUUUGCUCUAUCAGGACUCAGAUUCAGAUCUAAACGUGCUCUUUUGAAUUACUUUGAAGAGGACAAAGACAUCAUUGUUACAGCAGAGGAUUUUGAUUUUACUAUGGCUGUUCAGAGGAAUACACGGUUAAGAACCAAGAGAUCUUCUACCAGAAAUGCAGGGACAGAAAUUGAGCUUUGCAUUUCUAGGAGUCCAGUUUCACUCCCUGGAUUAGGAAACGGUGAAGGAGAUUGUAAAUCUUCUCUAGAAAGUAACUUGGGGCUUCGAUCCAAUACUGGAGAACCAGAAAUUCCUGCUACCUGUUUGCAGGAUGGGCCCAGUACGGGAGAUAUUUCUAAGGACUGUUUUUUCAAAAGUGAUGAAAAUGGUACUAUUCGAAGAAAGGUUCCAAUUAGAAAAUGUAAAAACUCUUCUGAAAUAAGGAAUGUCACUGAUGGCCAAAACAAAAUACAGCAUCUAUCAGUACGUAAAAAACAGACAGGACGCAGUAAACGUGCCAUAUGUAAGAACAAAAUGUGUGUACUUAAUAGUGAUACCAGUGACAACAAAGUAUGCCGAAGAAGCUCAAGGAAAAGAAAAAUAUGUUUUAAGGAUGAAAUGUUGUUUGAACCAAACACAGAGCAGAAUGAUAAACAGAUUGAACCUUUCUUAGAACACCAAACAAGCACGGAAAUAUUAAAAUAUACUGAGAGUUCUUGCAGCGGAAUCACGACAACUGCUAAUAAAAACUGCAUUUCAAUAGCAGAAAUGCAAAGAAAUGGGAUUGCUUCAGAGAGUGCAAGUGAACAGAGUGCUUCCACUAUGGAUGUUACUGUUUCCCAAAUGUGCAGAGAGAAACCUUUUACAUCAGCCAAAGAGAGCCAUACUCAAAGAACCCAAGUGGAAAGGCGGAAAACAAGUCCAUAUUUUUCCAGAAAAUUAAUCAAAGAAGCUCCAAGUCCACCAAGAAGGAAAACUUUCAGGAAAUGGACUCCACCUCGUUCUCCUUUUAAUCUGAUUCAGGAAACUCUGUUUCAUGAUCCAUGGAAACUUCUGAUUGCAACCAUAUUUCUGAACAAAACCUCAGGAAAGAUGGCUUUCCCUGUGCUGUGGGAAUUUUUUAAGAAAUAUCCUUCACCAAAGGUAGCAAGAACUGCCAACUGGAAAGAAAUGUCAGAAUUGCUUAAACCUCUUGGCCUAUAUGAACUCAGAGCAAAGACCAUUGUCAAAUUCUCAGAUGAAUAUUUGGUUAAACAGUGGAAAUAUCCAAUUGAAUUACAUGGGAUUGGAAAAUAUGGAAAUGAUUCUUACAGAAUCUUCUGUGUAAAUGAAUGGAAAGAGGUACAGCCACAAGACCACAAACUGAACGUUUAUCAUUCCUGGCUGUGGGAAAACCAUGAGAAAUUAAAUAUUAAUUAUUAGCUCUGUAUAAUCUCUUCGCCUCCCCUUUCUCACUUUUUAAGCUGUUUUUUUCUUCUAUCCCACUUGAUUAAUUAUAAAUAUAAAUGUUCUUUUUAUAUGCCUGUUCAGAAUUUAUUAAAUUCCAUUAUU